AUGAGAACAUCCAUGGCCCCACUUGAGUGUGUUUAGAGAGAGAAUUUUAGGGUGUAAUCCAACACCUAAAAGAGUCUAUUAUGGGGGUUCUUCCCCAUUCCUUUGAAGCAGCUGGCCGCUGUCAGAGAGAGGAGUGGGGUGGAUGGGCCAUCUGGCGGUGUCUCUGGGGGAUUAAUCUCUCUCCCCCCACUUCCCUCCUGGUGUCUGUCUCAGGGAGGAGCGAGUUUUGGUUCUUUUCUUUCUCCCGUUCUGAACGUGGCGGUGACGUAGGACACGUUGCCCCACAGAGAAAUCCCCUCGGUGCCUGAGAGGCAGCCGUUGUGUGGGGUGAAAUCACACAGCCAGCUACUCUCGGGCAUUCAGGUGGGGGAGCCAGAGCAUGUCAGGGCAGAGGAAGAAGAGAGACAUGCAAGGGGCACUGGCGAAGGGCUCUGCCAGCGGAGGAGUGACGCUCUCUCACUGUGUUCGCCCCUGGGUUCUGCACCUUCUCCGAGGCUGGGGUGUUAACGGACCCUUCUAGAACCAGCAGUGUUCUCAGCACAUUCCCCGUCUUGCAGUGGGGACUCCACCCCAGCGCACGGUCCAAGAGCCGAGUAAGAGCAAUAGUGGGAGGACGCUCACACCACUGGAGACCAGCCCAGUAGGGGCAGGAUGUGGCUGGAGGGAGCUAGAGUCCCAGCCACGUUUACAGGGACUCCCUGCGAGACGGUUUCUGUCACAGACUCCCCGACUUUCCGGGGAAGAAACAGCUUUGGGGAGGCAUGCAACUGGCAGCAGCCAGGAACUGAACUGAAUAAACUAGCAGCAGGGUUCGAAGCCGCGCACUCAGAGGCAGGGCUCUGCCUGCCUGGGGCUGAGGGUUUAGAGCCCGUCCCCCUCCUCUCAUGCCACUUGCUGCUGCUUGUUCCUCAUCAAUAAAAGACUUGCUCGAACCAAAGUUACCUUGAGAUCCUCUCAGAGCCUUUGCCUGGAUCCCAGCAAUAUUCCAAGCCUGGCUCUGGAACGGCAAGUGCGGCACUUCUGCCUGGUUGGUUGGAGCUGUGGUGGCACCUAAAGACCAUAACCGAGAUCAUGGUCCCAUUGUGCCAGUGCUGCCCAGUGGGAGACUGUCCCUGCCCAGAGCCCCUGCAGUCUGAAUGGACCCGACACACGCCGGCUGGAAAGAGAAACAGAGGCCCUGACCAAAGCCACCCUGCAGAUCAGUGGCAGAGCUGGGGUCUCCUGAGGCCCAGCACGGUACCCAGAAGUCUCUUCUCCUCUGCUGAUGCUGGCCUUUCCCCAUAGUGGCUCAGAGCUCCACCUGAGAGAUUCACUGGAAGAGGCAGCAUCUUCUUAUACCUGGUUUUAAAUAUUUUUCCUAAGGGCUGAAGCCAAGGCCCUGGGGAAGGUCAGGGCAGGAACCGGGUAAGCCAGGCCGGCCCCCUGUGGAGGUCACAGCCUGCAAAGCCUGAUGCAUCCAUCUGCCUGCAGAGGCCUGGAUUCUAGUCUCUUCCCCAAGAGCUUGGCUUUGCAGAGUGAAUUCAUCUGGCACCGGCGCCACAUUUCCAAGGUUUUACUGGGACCUCAUCAUGCUGCUGCUGAUGGUGGGAAACCUCAUCAUCCUGCCCGUAGGCAUCACCUUUUUCAAGGAUGAGAACACGCCACCUUGGAUUGUCUUCAACGUGCUGUCAGACACCUUCUUCCUGGCCGACCUGGUGUUGAACUUCCGCACGGGCAUCGUGGUGGAGGACAACACGGAGAUCAUCCUGGAUCCACACACCAUCAAGAUGAAGUACCUGAAGAGCUGGUUCCUGGUCGAUUUCAUCUCCUCCAUCCCCGUGGAUUACAUCUUCCUCAUCGUCGACCUGGAGACUCAGGUGGACUCCGACGUCUACAAGACGGCGCGGGCCCUGCGCAUCGUGCGCUUCACCAAGAUCCUCAGCUUGCUGCGCCUGCUGCGCCUGUCCCGCCUCAUCCGCUACAUUCACCAGUGGGAGGAGAUUUUCCACAUGACCUACGACUUGGCCAGUGCCGUGGUGCGGAUCGUUAACCUCAUUGGCAUGAUGCUGCUGUUGUGCCACUGGGACGGCUGCCUGCAGUUCCUGGUGCCCAUGCUGCAAGAUUUUCCUGAGGACUGCUGGGUCUCCAUCAAUCACAUGGUGAACGACUCCUGGGGGAAGCAGUACUCCCAUGCCUUGUUUAAGGCCAUGAGCCACAUGCUCUGCAUCGGGUACGGCCAGCAAGCUCCGGAGGGGAUGACUGACGUCUGGCUCACCAUGCUCAGCAUGAUUGUGGGUGCCACCUGCUACGCCAUGUUCAUUGGCCACGCCACUGCCCUCAUCCAGUCGCUGGACUCCUCUCGCCGGCAGUACCAGGAGAAGUACAAGCAGGUGGAGCAGUACAUGUCGUUCCACAAGCUGCCCGGGGACACGCGCCAGCGGAUCCAUGAGUACUAUGAGCACCGCUACCAGGGCAAGAUGUUUGAUGAGGAGAACAUCCUGGGGGAGCUGAGUGAGCCUCUCAAAGAGGAAAUCAUCAACUUUAACUGUCGGAACCUGGUGGCCAACAUGCCGCUGUUCGCCAGUGCCGACCCCAGCUUUGUGACAGCCACGCUGACCAAGCUGCGCUUCGAGGUCUUCCAACCUGGGGACUUCAUCAUCCGCGAGGGCACCGUGGGCAGGAAGAUGUACUUCAUCCAGCACGGCGUGGUCAGCAUCCUCACCAGGGGCAACAAGGAGACCAAGCUGUCCGACGGCUCCUACUUCGGGGAGAUCUGCUUGUUGACACGGGGGAGGCGGACAGCCAGCGUGCGUGCCGACACCUAUUGCCGCCUCUACUCGCUCUCGGUGGAUAACUUCAACGAGGUGCUGGAGGAGCACCCCAUGAUGCGUAGGGCCUUCGAGACCGUGGCCAUGGACCGCCUGGACCGCAUCGGUGAGGGAGCGCUCACCCCAGGUAAGAAGAACUCCAUCCUCCUGCGCAAGCGAGCAGAGCAUAGCUCGGGGGCCAUGAACAAUGAGAUGAUCCAGCAGAUCGUCAAGCACGACCGGGACAUGGCCCACAACAUCCAAGACCUGCAGCAAAUGGCAGUGGGCCGGGAGUUGAGUGGCAAGCCAGUGAUCUGGGAGCCCCUGGUGCAUGCACCACUGCAAACGGCAGCUGCCACCACCAACGUGGCCAUUGCCUUGACUCACCAGCAGAGUCUGCAGGCCCACAUCUUCCUGCCACCCUCCUCCAUCUCCAGCCCACUCUCGCCUGAGGCCACCCUGCUCACCAGGCAAGUGCGCAGGUCCCAGCCCAGCCUGGGGGGCUCCCGGCCCUCCUCAGUGAGCUCCCAGUCCGGUGUACAGUCCCACCUGCAGACGCCUGCAGCCAACUCCCCUUCAUCCCCCAUGAUCCAGUCCCAGUCGCCUCUGGAAAGUGGGGGGCAGAAAGCUGGCCACGUGGGACUGCCACAGCCAAGGCUGGUGCAGAAGGGAGAGCCCCUGGCAAUAGCAAAGCAGCCCCUGACGGGCUCCCAACCCCAGCUCUCCAAGUCUCGAGGCACCUCAGUUUCCACAUCACUUCUCCAGCAGCCAGCAGGGGCUCCGUCCCCUAGCUCUGAGCAGAUGCUCCCAGCAGGGAGAACUCUCCACUACAGCCUGUCCCGAGCCACCGGCUCCCACAUCUCUCUGCUGAUGCAGCCGCAGCAGCUGGUGAAGCACAGGAGCAUCCAGGGCCUACCCAUCGGGAGGCUCACCCAGGACGUCCGGCUCCUGUCGGCAUCUCAGCCAUCCCUGCCCAAUGAAGUCGCCCAGCAAGUGGACAGGAGCUCCUCCCAUCAGGGCAGAAAGUCAGCGGGGAACCUGGCUCACAGGUCAUCUCCCUCGGUAGCUGGUCUCCUCACCAAGCCACCCCCUGGGGUUCCAGGCCAGCCAGCACACCCGCAGCAGAUGCCUUCAGGAUCUUUGGUCCAAUCCAGCCGGCCCGUGAGCGGAGCGUCCACACCGCAGUCUCCCGUCUCCACGCCCAGGCAUGCGGCAGGCCCCUCCCGCAAGGGUUCCGUGGCAUUCAGUCCUGAGGUGGAAAGUGGGAAGCCCAAACUCCCGUCCAACAUAUGAGAGCCCAGGGCUGCGUCCAAGCGUGAGGGAGAGAGGCGUGGGCUCUCCGGAGAGCCGUGCUCCUGGGGCUGGGGCAGGGAGAAAGGGGGACAGCCUCCCCCAAGGCCCCCACCUCGGGCUGAGGCUGAGUCUGAGUGGGCAAGGAGAGGAGAUGGCCAGGGGUGACCACCUACCACAGACACCGACUCUGCCAGAGUCAUGUGCCUGGCUGCAGGGCAGGCUCUGCCCAGGGGUCGCUCUGGGAUUCCCCUGACUCCACUGAGGACAGGAAGCCACUAAAAGGCUGCCCCCAUCUGCACCCCACAGCAGGGGGCAGCAGGGCCAUGGGCUGGGCUGACUCCAUCAGUGCUCUGCCUCUCCCUGGGAACACCAACCUUGCAAGGGGACCCUGCCCCUACUCUGUCCUCUCACUCCACCCGCUCCCAAGGAGCCCAGCCCCUGCCCUGCAGGGCAUAGGCCCCGCCGUGGUGAGCAGCGUCAGGAAGGCACUCAGUGGAUCCUCCCACUCAUGUUAGGAAAUUCUCCCAGCCCCUCCACCUCGCCCAUCCGUCAGCUGCGUCCCCACAAUGGCCUGCUUGAAGCCUUUGCCCUGUGCGGGAGGCAGGGGUAGGGGGAUCGGGCCAGAGCCCCAUGGUGAGUCCUUUCCCCUCACCCACAGCAGGGGACAGAGUGGGGUGGAUGGACCCCAUGGAGAGGCCUUUGCACUGGGGGAGGGCAGAGCGGGAGGGAGGUGGGGGGCUGCAAGGUUGCCGAGAGACUGGAAUCCCCCUCACUCCAGCUCCCAAGCCUCUGUACCCAGAGCAGGACGCCUGGGGCCCCAUGGCGCUGGCUACCAUGGCCAACCCAGGAAGCCAAGAUGAAUCCAUCCAGCACCCCAUGGUCCCAGGCAGCUCCGAGUCCCCAGGACUCCAGGUGUCUCCCCCUC